AUGGAUUCGGCCGAGAAGACAGAGGCCCAUCAGAACGAGGUGACGGGCAACGGCCCGACCACCAUGGAUCCUCAACGCCGCAUCCAGGUGGAGAAGAGUCUGAAGCGCAAGCUGGACACGCGCUGCAGCUUGUUCAUCUUGCUGUACAUCCUGAACUAUCUGGAUCGCAACAAUAUCGCGGCCGCCCGCCUCAAGGGCCUGCAAGAGGACUUGGACCUCUCGUACAACGAAUAUGCCACCUGUCUCAGCAUUCUCUACGUCGGCUACAUUCUCAUGCAGGUCCCCUCCAAUAUGAUGAUCAACCUCGUUUCCCGGCCUUCGCUCUACAUUGGGUGCUCGAUGUUGCUGUGGGGGUUGGUUUCUACCCUCUCCGGUAUUGUGACCAACUUUGGUGGCAUGGUUGCCAUUCGGUUCUUCCUUGGCUUCGUCGAGGCCGCCUUCCUUCCUGGCGCCCUUCUCAUCCUAUCGAAGUGGUACACCCGUCGCGAACUGACGACGAGAAACGCCUUGUUGUUCUGUGUCGAGGGUGCCGCUACCAUGUUCGUUGCCAUCCUUGCCGUCUUCAUCCUGCCCGACCUGCCGCAUAACACGCGCGGAUUUUCCGAGGAGGAGCGCUAUGUCGCGCAGCUGCGCAUGACCGAAGACGUCGGCGUAGCGGACAGUGACGAACCUGACCAAGGCGUCUUCACCGGUCUGAUCAUGGCCCUGAAGGACCCCAAGGUGUACUUGAUGAUGUUCACGCUUACUGCCUACGUUGUUGGCCUGUCUUUCAACGCUUUCUUCCCCACGCUCACGGGCACCCUGAACUUUGACUACGUCCCGACGCUUCUCAUGAGCGCACCGCCUUGGGCUUUUGCCUGCUUGGUCUCGUUGAUCAACGCGUGGCACUCGGAUCGCACCCAAGACAAACCCUCUUCCCUCCAAGCAAAGCAGCUACGCCGGGUUUCAUCGUAUUCUACUCCUGGAUCUCCUCCUCCUUCCCCCGCCCCCCCCGCGAAGCGCGCCGUCGCCAUCGCCAUGAUCAACGCCUUCAGCCAGCUGGGCAACGUGGCCGGGUCCUACGUCUGGGAUCUCAAGGACAACGGCUUCCGCAAGAGCUACGGCAUCGUCACGGCCAUGUUUGGCGUCACCAUCUUGGGCUGCUUCGUGUUCAAGCUGGUGCUGGUGCGCAUGAACAAGCAGCUGGAGGAGGCCGAGCGGCCCGAGGCCGUGCCGCAGGCGCCGGUGGACGGCGAGAGGGACCCCGAGAAGUUCAACAAGGGGUUCAGGUAUUUGGUGUAG